AUGGCCCGGGGAAAACGAUGGAACGUCGCGGACGUUCUCGAGAAGAAGCAGUUGCUCAUCGCCGUCAACUGCAUUGCGGCACUGUCUAUCUUCUUCUUUGGAUAUGAUCAGGGAAUGAUGGGCGGCGUGAACAACGCCGAGGACUACAUCAAUCUCAUGGGAUUCGGAUACAUCGACCCCGUUACAAAAGACCCUGUGAUCACGGACAGCCUUCUGCAAGGUGGUAUCGUGUCUGUGUAUUAUCUCGGGACUCUCUUCGGAUGUUUAUUGGGGGGAUGGGUUGGCGACAAGGUCGGAAGAAUCAAGACAAUCGGAUUGGGUGCUGCUUGGGCUAUCCUCGGAGCGUCGUUGCAAUGCUCAGCUCAGAAUGCUAACUGGAUGAUCUGCGCGCGUGCUGUGAAUGGUAUUGGUACAGGUAUUCUGAACGCCAUUGUCCCUGUUUGGGCGACUGAAACUGCCGAGCACACCUCUCGCGGCAAAUUCAUUGCCAUUGAGUUUACUCUCAACAUCUUUGGUGUUGUGGUAGCGUAUUGGCUAGAAUUCGGAUUGUCUUAUGUUGAUGGCGGCCGCUCAGCUAUCCGUUGGAGGUUCCCCAUUGCUUUCCAGAUCAUUCCACUGUUGUUCCUCCUGGCCGCAGUUUGGUACUUCCCUGAGAGUCCUCGAUGGCUCGUCAAGGUCGGCCGCGAUGAUGAAGCUCGCUACAUUCUUGAGAGACUCCGAGGAAAGACUGGAGAUGACGAAGGCAAAGCUGAGGCCGAGUUCCAGGAUAUCAAGGCUGUUUCCGAGCUUGAGAAGAAGACAGCGAACCGGAGUUCCUACUAUGCCAUGUUUUUCGGCUUUGGAUCCGGCAAACUUCACACCGGCCGCCGAGUACAGCUUGUUAUUUGGCUUCAGAUCAUCCAAGAGUGGGUGGGCAUUGCCGGAGUUACAGUCUAUGCUCCAACAAUCUUCCGUAUCGCUGGGUUCGAUUCGAAUAAAUCGCAGUGGAUAUCCGGAUUGAACAACAUCUUCUACAUGUUUGCCACUCUAGUUUGCGUGUUCACGCUUGACCGUAUAGGCCGCCGCUGGACGCUGUACUGGGGCGCUAUUGGUCAGGGGAUUGCUAUGUUCCUAGCGGGCGGCAUGUCUCGUCUCGGUAUCAAUGCCCGUGACGCCGGCAAUAUUGACUUUGCAAAUAGCUACGGUGCUGCAGCGGCUAGCUUCGUCUUCAUCUUCACAUCUGUUUUUGGUGCGACCUGGCUCACGGUCCCAUGGCUCUAUCCCGCUGAAAUUUUUCCCCUGGAGGUGCGUGCGAAGGGCAACGCAUGGGGCGUCGUCGGAUGGAGCAUUGGUAACGGCUGGCUCACCCUCCUCUGCCCAGUCAUGUUCAAUGCCAUCGGAGAGAAGACGCUGUAUAUAUUCGGCGCGAGUAACAUCCUCGCGCUGCCGAUGGUCUGGGCGCUAUAUCCCGAGAGUAACCAGCGAACUCUCGAAGAGAUGGACCUUCUUUUUGCUGCUGAAACGCCGUGGGUGUGGGAUGCGGAGAAGAAUUUCGCGCUAUUGAAGGAGCAAAACCCGGGGUUGGUAAACGCAGCAAGGAGAGGAAGCAGUGUGGUAGAUCCGGAGACUGGAUUACGGAGGGUAAGUGUCAUUGGUGUGAAGACAUUGGAUACGAGGGAGGUUGGAGACAUGAAGGAGGAACUUUGAAAGGUUUUAUCUUUCGAUAAGUAUAGAUGAAAGCCCCUGGUGAGGAAAAGCUUCUUCAUUCGCCUCGAACGGGAGCAGAACCAGAGGCAUUACGUGUUAGAUGGUAUGAGCCUACGAAAU